GGCCUCAACGGAGGUGAUGGAGGUGGCGGUUACGGCGACCCAAGAAAGUAACAGUGGCUCUGCACCAAAGAGUAUCUCUCGUCAGUGAAUGCGAAAGGGAUAUCGUCUUGUUUUCGCGCCAGUUGGACGCUCCUCUCGUUUCAGUGAACGCGGUCAAGAUUUGUGCAAUUGUGAUUAUUUUUUUUUCUGAUAAAACUCCAUUUCUUUUUCUUGUUCUUUUUUUGCCAUCAUCAAUUUUCGUUGAGGAUUGACAUUUGUUUUUGAGUUAUAACAAAUUUUUUUGAAAAACAAGUUUCUUAAAUCUCGUGGGGUACACGACAUUGUCGUUGAAGAUGCAACGUCCUUGAAAUUUGUGACGACCUACAGGAUAUAAUCAUCCGGCUCUUUAUUAGAGCACGACAGUGUUGAUCUUGCAGACAAGAUGGAUUGGAAGGUGCGGUCUCUUACUCUGGUUUUAUGGCUGGGACUCGUUCUUGCAUUCGUACAAAAUGGUAACGCAGAAAAAAGGGUCGUUUGUUAUUACACAAAUUGGUCAGUGUACAGGCCAGGGACUGCAAAAUUUUCACCACAAAACAUUAAUCCUUAUCUCUGUACUCACUUAAUUUAUGCAUUUGGUGGAUUUACCAAGGAUAAUACGUUAAAACCUUUUGACAAAUAUCAGGACAUCGAAAAAGGUGGUUACGCAAAGUUCACCGGUCUCAAAACGUACAACAAGAACCUGAAGACGCUCCUGGCGAUCGGUGGUUGGAAUGAAGGAUCCAGCAGGUUUUCACCAAUGGUCGCUGACGCGCACCGAAGGAAAGAAUUUGUGAAAAACUGUGUGAAAUUUUUGAGGCAAAAUCACUUUGAUGGCCUUGAUCUUGACUGGGAAUAUCCUGCAUUUAGAGAUGGUGGCAAACCGCGAGACAAAGAAAACUACGCGAUUCUCGUUGAGGAACUUCGGGAACAAUUCGAGAGAGAAUCUUUAAAGACGGGACGUCCCAGAUUAUUAAUUACAAUGGCGAUGCCAGCUGGGAUUGAAUACAUAGACAAAGGUUACGAUGUGCCGCGUUUGAAUGACAAUCUUGAUUUUAUAAAUCUUUUAUCAUACGAUUAUCAUUCAGCCUUCGAGCCCGCUGUUAAUCAUCAUUCUCCCCUUUAUCCUCUCGAGGAGGAUAAUGAGUACAAUUACGAUACAGAAUUAACGAUCGAAUUUACCAUUAAUCAUCUCAUUAAGCAAGGCGCCAGUUCUGAGAAAAUUGUACUCGGCAUCCCUACUUACGGCAGAUCGUACACACUUUUCAAUGAAGAUUCAACGGAUAUUGGAUCUCCGGCUGAUGGUCCCGGAAAUGAAGGAGAUGCCACUAGGGAAAAGGGAUAUUUGGCCUAUUAUGAGAUUUGUGAAAACGUCCAAAAAGAUGAAUGGGAAGUGGUGCAACCAAAUCCGGAAGCUAUGGGACCCUAUGCUUUUAAGGAAAAUCAAUGGGUUGGUUAUGAUGAUGAAAAUAUUGUUCGGGUGAAAGCUCAAUAUGUAAAUGAGAAGAAACUCGGAGGAAUUAUGUUUUGGUCCAUUGACAAUGAUGACUUCCGAGGAAAAUGUCAUGGUCGUCCUUAUCCACUAAUUGAAGCUGCGAAAGAAGCUCUUCUCGCUGGCAGCUCCAAACAGGAAGAAGCGAAAGAAAAGCCGUCACUCAGAAAGCCAACAAGAACUCAGUCAAGCCAAAGUAAUUCAUCGGGAAGGCAAUACUCAUCUGCAAAUCGAAGAACGAGUACCACUGAAGCUCCUUCUAGAAAAAGGACUAGUUCCCUAAAAUUUAAAAGUAGAUCCAGCACGCGAGCCUCGCAAAAUGACGAAGAUGAUGAAGACAUUUUGGAUGACGAUGAAGAAGAUGAUAGAAAUUUUGUUAGAGCCAGCGAGAAACCCACGAGGGCAAGACUCAUCAAGAAUCGUCCUAGAAUCCAAACAGCAGAAAGUAGAGCUCGUAGGAAACAAAAAAAUCGAGACAAUAAAUUGGCGGAAAAUUCCAAGGUCGAAGAAUCUGUUAAUAAUAAGUUAACUACUCCGGAACCACCAACAACUCCAGAUCCAGGAAGCGAUUUCAAGUGCGAAGAUGAAGGUUUCUUCCCCCAUCCACGAGAUUGUAAGAAAUAUUUCUGGUGCUUAGACAGUGGACCCAGUGGUCUUGGAGUUGUUGCUCAUCAAUUUACUUGUCCCUCUGGUUUGGUUUUCAACAAAGGUGCUGACUCUUGUGAUUACCCUCGUAAUGUUGUUUGCCCAAAAGUAAAAUCAACAAGUGAAUUAACAACAACAAAAGCACCGACAACAACGACUAGAUCAACAACUCGUCGAACGACAACGGAAAAACCUGAGCCAGAAGAGGAAUACGAAUACGAAGAUGAUGAGGAGGAGGAAGAGGAAGAAGUUGUAACAACAACAGCUAAACCCCUUCUUUAUAAAACAAUUAGUAGAAACAGACCGAGUUCUACGACCGCUCCCUCCGUAAAAACAACAACAGCAGCAACGACAAUUCACAAACAUGAAGAAAGUCCAGAAAAGCCGUUGGAUAUUGCAGAAGAAGAGGAUCCACGAGUGAUCAAGGAGUUGAUUGACUUAAUUAAAAAAGCCGGAGGAAUUGAGCAACUCGAGAAACAGCUUCUCUUGCAGGAGAAACCUGCCGGAGGACAGUCCGGUACUACAAUUGGAAGUGGACAAGUUACUCCGGCUACCAUAAGUCGUAGCUUGUACGAACGUGUUCUAAAUAGGCAAGCGUCUAAAGUUAAUUCCAGAUUCUUUGGAACAUCUUCGAAACCACUUGAGAAUAAAGCGAGUGAUGAAAGUGAAAGGAGCAAGAGGCCGCGAAUCGGUUACACAAAUGGACCUGGUCGAGCGCAAUUCGAUGGACUCGAUGAUCUUCCCGAAGUUAAAAGUCUCAGGAGGACUAACAAACCUCAAUACACAACCAUAGAAAGAUCCAGGUCUUCUCCAUCUGAGAGAAUCGAUGAAAACGAGGAUCAAGAAGAAAAAAAUGACAACGCAGAUGUCGCUUCAUCAGAAGAGAGAAGCAUUAGCAAUCCUCCUGAGGAGCAAAUACUUUUGCCACGAGUCACUCCGAGUUACGUCAAUAUUAGACGGAAUCGUCCUGUCGCUGCAAGUUCUAGCAGAGAUAGUAACGAUGUUAACGUAAAGGAAGAUGAGGUUGAUGUCGAUCAACUCGGUCCUCGACAACGUUUCCCUGUUUUAAGUACAAGAACCGAAAAGAAUGUUGCAGACAACAAGGAAUUAAAAACACAAAGAAACUCUACCAGUGAUAAUUUUGACGAAUUCCAAAGUCCAACUGAGACCGAGAAGUCCGCGAAGAGAACCAUUUUCCCUAAUAAAAAAGUCGACGAAUCCGCAAAAUCCAGGUACAUCAGUAUUCAACGUUUUAGAAGCACAACAGAGAAACAAGAAAAGAUUGAAAACGAAGAUACUCCAUUUAAUUCGAAAGAAACCCAAACAAAUUUAAACACAUUCAAGGACACAACUUCCUCUCCUGGAAGUUCAGCAUUCCCUUACACCGUAUCAAUGACUUUCUCACAGAGUUCAUCCUCGUCUUCACAAUCAACGACCCCUUUAACAACAAUUUCAACCACAAUUACAACCACAGAAAACCCAACAACUCAAUCAGUUACUAAUCACGACGAGUCUAUAUUCAGUACAAAAACACCUUCCCCAUCCUAUUCUUCAGUAAAUUCAGCGAAUGUAAAACUCGUCGAAGAAUCAGCAACUGAAAUUCUAUUGGCAACUUCGCCCUCCACCAGUCCUUCGACAGUUCCCAUCGAGUCUACAACGAAAGAAAUCUUCGCCGCUGUUUCCCAACCGAGACCCUUUGGAUUCACCCGCGGUAGAUCUCGAUCAAGUGUGACUUCAUCAAGUUUGGACUCCACGACUCCAUCGUCUUCCUCAAGGUCCAAGGUUAACAGUUAUCGUACAUCGUCAGAUAGUUUACGACGAGCAGGAUCAUUGAGUCGUGAGCCAAAUCGAAGUAGAGUGAGAACAACAACUCAUCAGACACUUUCUUCCGUUCAUCCGACGUUAAGACGAUUUACCAGUCCUGCACGUCAGACACUUCACCUUCAGGAUGUGACUCUUCCUUCACAAUUAAAUUAUGCUUCUGCGGACGAUACAGCGGCAGCUUAUCUUGAACACUUAGCAAGGCUAGAAGACCAGAGAGCUGAGAUGGACGAUCAGGCCAACAGAGCGCAUGAGUUAGUGCUCGAGAAUCUUGAAACGACAACAGAGUCUGGUAAUUCUCCAAGUGGAGCAACAUAUUGGCGAAAAAUAAGUACGACGGAACUGCCAAGAACUCUGGCAACCACUGACAUUCCGGCCUUAAGACGCCGACAGGGUCAAAAGUAUUACAACAAAAUUGUCACACAGAAUUUGACACAGCGACCUCGACGUCCAGCGAUAAUUGAUUACGAUUAUUAUGAGGACGAGGAAAUCAGAAUUGUGGGAAAGCCGAGGCUUAAUGGUAAGCUCUACGUCACUAGCAGGGGUCACAUCAAUUGUCUUGAUCAGGGCAAUUUCCCUCAUCCAACGUCAUGCAAAAAAUUCAUUACUUGCGCAAGAAUGGUCAGUGGGCAGGUCGUUGGAACUGAAUACACUUGUCCGAACAAACUCUCUUUCGAUCCAAUCGGUGGAAUCUGUAAUUGGUCCGCUGGUCUUGGCUGUCAAGAAUAAUUUACAUACCUCUAUUCAUCGCAGAUAAUUUCAUUGAUUGACAAAUCAAAAUUCAUUUUAAUAAUUCAUUAGAUCUCUAAAAUUUUACUAAUUAAGAAACGUUGUCUUUUCUCGAUGUUCCCAAUCAGCGCAGAUUAUUUAUUUUACUAUCUUAACAAAAUACAGCAACUAGAUCAACUUUUCUAAUUCAAAAAUUUUAACUUUGCAUAAACAAACUAAAAUUUAUAAAAUAAAUCUUUUUGAACUAUAAAAAAAUCUAUUCUUGAAAGUUUUAAAUCAAAUUAAUCAACUGUUUUCAAAAAUUAAAAGACUUAUUGUAAUUAAAUUAAAAGCUUAUUGUAAUAAUUAUAUCGAUAAUGAAAAAUAAAUAUAAAAUUUUUCAUGUACUUGAAAAUAAUUCCCUUUGCAUAUUACACGAAAGAAUCGAGAAAAAAUGACUUUUCAAAAAAAUGAAUGUUAUGGUUAUAAUCAAAUUUAAAAAUAAUUCUAACAUAAUUUUUACAAUAAAUAAUGUUCCGGUCGAAUUUAUAAUUUAAGUUGUAGGCAUUAUUUAAAUUAGACACGAAAAUUGUUGAACUCUCUUGAAAAAUGGUCUCUUGGAAAGGUCAUUGUGUCAGUAAGAAACGAAUCAUCUAGCCAUAUAAUUAAUUUGUAACCGCUGAGUGGUGAUAUUAUUGGAUAGAAAAAGAAGAUUUUUCUCUUGCGUGUACAUAUUUUUUGUAGAAUCAGUGUAAAUAAUUUAAGUUGAGAAUGAAAGCGGUUUAUUGCAGGCGAAAUAAUUUAUAUUUCUAUAUAUGUAUUUAAAAUGAAAAAUUGUGCAUGAAACAUGUUUUGUCAUUAUUUUGUAGCUGCAAAGUAUAAAGAUAUUAGUACGAAAAACAUUUUUAUAUCAUUUUUAAAUGCAAUAUGAAAACAAGCGAAUGAACUCGCCUUUUGUAUUUAUAGAGUAGAUUUUUAUAAAUUUAAUAAAACUUUUGAACAAAA